UCUUCUUCCAAACCACAUCUCUUCGCAAAGAGUUUUCACCGCCUCCGCUCGCCCCGCUGCUAUACUCUCCUAUACAGAUUGCUCUCUUCAAUUCGAACACUGAACAGUCUGAGGACAAGCAAAGAAGCCUUUAUGCACUUUCAGACCCUCUUCACUUCCCAGGACUACAUCUCAGAUCACCUGUGGAAGGCGUCAGUAAACUGAGCCUCACAGCAAAACCAGCAAGCCAUACAAAAUAUCCCUACGGCAUCCCAAGUACACGUCAAAAAUGUUUUCAGGAAUGCUCAAAGCCUCUUCAACGAGGGCUUUCGCUCCCCGAUCCCUCACAAGCAGCGCGCAUGCUCGGUUUUUGGCAACCAUCCAGAACAAUACUGCACGAGAUCCUCCAGUUCCUAACCGCAAACCUACAGCAGUAUCCCAUGAACGAGCCACUUUCACAAUCAAGAAUGGCCCGAUCUACCACGGCAAAUCCUUUGGAGCCAAGUCCAAUAUCUCGGGCGAAGCCGUGUUCACCACCUCCUUAGUCGGAUACCCAGAGUCGAUGACUGACCCUUCAUACCGUGGACAAAUUCUCGUCUUCACCCAGCCAUUAAUUGGAAACUACGGGGUCCCGUCCGCGGCUCGAGAUAGCCAUGGUCUCCUACGAUACUUCGAAUCGCCUAACAUUCAAGCUGCCGGUGUUGUAGUUGCGGAUUUUGCGGAACGUCAUUCUCAUUGGACUGCUGUUGAGUCACUUGCUGAGUGGUGUGCUCGUGAGGGUGUGCCCGCUAUCUCUGGUGUGGACACUCGAGCUAUCGUGACUUACCUGCGAGAACAAGGUUCUUCUCUUGCCCGUAUCUCCGUUGGCGAGGAAUAUGAUGCAGACGAAGAUGAAGCCUAUAUUGACCCGGAGGCUAUCAACCUCGUCCGCCGUGUUUCGACCAAGGCGCCAUUCCAUGUCAAUGCUGCAAAUGGAGAAUACCACGUUGCCCUCAUCGACUGUGGUGUGAAGGAGAACAUUUUGCGAUCUCUCGUGUCUCGUGGCGCCUCAGUUACUUGCUUCCCAUACAACUACCCUAUUCAUAAGGUAGCUCACCACUUUGAUGGCGUGUUCAUCUCGAACGGGCCUGGUGACCCGACCCAUUGUCAAGAGACUGUCUACCACCUCCGGAAGUUGAUUGACAGCUCCCAAGUUCCGAUCAUGGGGAUCUGCAUGGGCCACCAGCUCCUUGCUCUGGCUGCUGGAGCAAAAACCAUCAAACUGAAGUAUGGCAACCGCGCACACAACAUCCCAGCCCUGGACCUCACCACCGGAAAGUGCCAUAUCACUUCGCAGAACCACGGGUACGCUGUCGAUGCAACCACGCUUCCAAAGGAAUACAAGGAAUACUUUGUCAACUUGAACGACUCUUCAAACGAAGGAAUCAUCCACACUUCUCGGCCAAUCUUCUCUGCCCAGUUCCACCCCGAAGCCAAGGGAGGACCACUUGACUCGGCUUAUCUGUUCGACCGAUACAUGGAGAGCGUGGCCAAGUAUAAGCAAGGCCAAGCGGUGUUCGGCGCACAGGGUAACAAGCCCGAUCGUCUCCUCGUUGAUCUGCUGAGCAAGGAACGUGUUGGCGUGCACCCCAGCCUGACUGAAUGGAAGGGCUACGGCGCUGGACAAGUAGAGAAUGCUCCCCAAGCCGCUGCAGCUGCAGCCUAGGCCAUCUGACCAUGCUGUCCGGUCAUUUGUUGUGUAGGUUGUUUGGGAGGUAAAGCAGAUUGACAUUGGUGUUAGCAUAGGAAAUGCGCUGGGCGUCUUAUGGCGUUGUGAUAGCUUGAAAGUACUACCAGAAAUUGGACACAAGAAACCAAAUCACUAUUGACGACAUGUUCUGAGUUUAUGCCGUGACGGCUCAUUGAGCUUCCAAUAUGCUCGCACGAGGAGUCC